GGUCUGGUGACGAAGGGAUGAACUGCAUUUUCACAUAACAAUUACUGAAGCCUAUCACAUUGAUAGCUUCCAAUAUUUCAUCAAUUUGUGACUGAUCAAUACAUUUUUACUACAGGCUCGCGACAUACUAGGACAUGUUAGCUCCCGCGUGUUAUCUAGCAAGCAAUCAAUAAGCUAGCAACUAGCUAGCUGUUUUGUUGUAAAGGAAGAAGUCCACCCGAAAAGAACGAGGCCUGGGCCCGGGGGGAAUUAUGGCAGCAACGCCGGUAGCUAAUCGAUAGAUAGGUGAACUCUACCUUUGUACUCAUUAUAUGCUCGAAUAUAUAUUUAGCCUUAUAGAUAGAUUAUUUAGCUUGUCAUUUAGUUAACGUUAGCUACGUUAGAGCUGCAAGUGUCAAAUAUCCGAGCUAGCUACACAUCUAACGUUACUUUAUAGUAGCUAGCUUGCUAACUAACAGCUAACUCUAGCCUCUGGCUCUGUAUUCACAGAUGCUGGCUUUAUUUAGCUACAGUUUCAACCGCUCUCUGUUGCAGUACAAUACGUUGUUUGGUGAGAUAUAUUAUAUCUAUUUUGAUGUUAAACUUCAAUUAUCUACACUUUGUUGUGGCUAGCAGGCCAGCUGGAGAUGUGUUAACGUUAGCUAGCUGACAUUUGUGAGCCAAAAUGUUUACCAUUACAAGCUAGCUAGUGCACUUUAAAGUAAACAUAAUUCCUAUUAAUUGAUCUCAGGUAUCUGCACAGAGGGAGCAGCCCAUAAUGACACCAACUGACAACCUUGCUGAAUUUUAGCAACAAACAUAAACAAGAGCCAAAUGGUAAAUAACUCUCCAACGUCACUGUCGGCAGGGAAUAUGCCAUAUAUCUUGUAAGUUUAUGUGCUUAUGUUUUAACUCUGUGUUUUUACUCAGGUUUUGCAAGCAUUCAAACAUGGGUGACAUGAAGACCCCUGAUUUUGAUGAUCUUUUGGCUGCCUUUGACAUCCCUGAUGCCACCAGUUUGGAUGCAAAAGAGACUGUCCAGGAGAGUCACGAUGAGGGAGAGGGUCAGCUGAAACACACAGGGAUGUGUAUGGAUGACAGCUUAUCUGUUCACCAAGCUGUGGGUGCAUCUGAUGUACCUGCUGUAAGUGUAAUAGUGAAGAACACAAGUCGCCAGGAGUCGUCUGAUAGUGGUGGCGAGAGAGAGUGCCCACACUUUGGAGACCCAUUGCAAAAUGGUUUCAGGGGGUCAGGGGCCGCCAUGGAGUCUCAUCAGAUUGACCACAGUGGUUCUAAGUCUUUUGUGUCUGCUUUAAAUGGGGAUGGCACAAAAGGACUCUUAGGGAAGACCCCCGUCCAGCACAAACCUGAAGGAACGCCAUCCUUCUCCCAGUCCUUUUCCCAGUUCAGCCCCAUCUCUAGUCCAGAAUCUGAAGACAGCCGAAGCAAUGGAGUUGAUGUCCGUCCAAAACAAGAGAGACCUUACUUCCCUGCUGCCUCUAUAUUUAUGUCUGCAGAACUCCCAAUGUCAGACAAUCAGAAAAAACAUCUGUAUUACAGCAUGUUUGACAAGUGCCAUAAAGUAGACUGUGACACACCUGAGAACCUUCCGAGGGGCAAAGGAGAAUCUAUCAAAGCAGAGGAUACCAGGACAGAGAAGCUUGACAGUAAUGUCAGUGACCAGAAGGAAAAGGGAGAUUGUCAUAGUAGUGCAAUGCUCCCUACAAAUGAUCAUAACAAUAUUGAGUCAAGCAGUAACGUUAAUAUAGUGGCAGCGUCUAAUAUGCCCACCUCUCAUCCAUGUGUCAAAACUCCAACAUCCAAACUAUCGUCAUGCCUUGAGGCAUUAGUGGCUCUGAAUGCCAGAAAGGAUCCCAGUGAACAACCAAACUAUAGAGACUCAUCAGUGGCUCAUGAUGACACCAUAAAGGUUAGUCCAAAAGUGCCCAUGUCACCACGAAGUCCCAGGAGUCCUCUUGAAGCUGUGAAGUGGUUAAUGAAACCACCUGACAGUCCUGUAAGCAUUUGCAGUAACAGCAGUGGCAAGGGAUCCCCAGCACUGGCAUCUGGCUCACCUCCAGCCAUACCGAGGGUCAGAAUAAAGACCAUUAAAACCACGACUGGGCAAAUCCAGCGCACGGUUACCAGUGUAGUACCUGAUUCAGAAAACGAGGAGGUUCACUCUGUUGAGUCCUCUCCAUCCCAGAGUAUGAUUGUUGAGGAUGCCUGCCCUAGUUUGUCUCCCUAUCCCUCUCAUAAUGUGAUAAGUGAUAUUAUUGUUGAUAUGCCCAUCAAAAGUACACCAGUUGGUACUCUGCCAUCAAAGGUUACUGAUACUAAAUUAGAGGGGAACUCCAAGAGGCCAGGACCAAUGCAGUCCCCAACUAUUUUUCAUAAUACAAGUAGUCCUGUUAUGAGGUCUAUGCCAGUUGCCCAGCAUGGCCCUUCUACACAAAAGAGGAUUUCAUCAGUUCAAACAGGCAACUCUCCCAAUACAAGCUUCCUUCCCAAGGCAAUGCACUUAGCUAACCUGAACCUAGUCCCUCACAGUGUUGCUGCUUCAGUCGCUGCGCGCUCCACCUCCCAUCAACAGAGCCAACAACACACACUUUCCUCUUCUAUGGUGUGCUGCACUGUCCCAUUGGUACACCAAGUGAAAAAAGCUGCCCCUAAUCCACGUGCUGCCAUUCCUAGCACAGCAGCAGGAACCUUAAACAGACUGUUAAAUAAUGCCAACCCUGUACCCACAUAUGUACCCAACCUAAACCCACCACCUGAGAGCAACAUCAACUUGCCACCACGGGGAUAUUGCUGCCUGGAGUGUGGGGACUCCUUUGGGGUAGAGAGGAGUCUUGCUUAUCAUUAUGGCAGGAGGAGUGUGCACAUUGAAGUAGCCUGCACCCACUGUGCUAAGACCAUGGUAUUCUUCAACAAGUGUGCCCUGCUGGCACAUGCACGGGAACAUAAGAACAAAGGUGUGGUGAUGCAGUGCACACAGCUCUCCAUGAAGCCCAUAGCAGAGAGACAGAUGUUUGCACCCUUGAUCGCUGAAUCCUCUGUGCAUGUGGGCUCCCAUGUGCCCCCAUUAUCCUCACCUAAAAGCCAACCAGUCAUGCCCCUCUAUCCAGACAAGGUAAUCCGCCACAGACUCCACUGCCUGGAGUGUAACAAGCAGCUAUCAGACUACAGAGGUCUCGCAGGCCAUUACCAGAGGCUGUCGGAAGAAAUGGAGGGACUGGUAAGUAAUGAUUAAAUUGAAAAUAAUGAUAAUUGCUGAAAUGUUCACUAUCAUAGGCCAGGUAAUAAUGAGAGUAUUUCGAUAUGUUUUGCUCUGUGUUCUUUUGUCAUGUAUAGAUGUGUAAGGUGUGCUCAAUGGUGCUACCCAACAAGUGUAGCUACCGGGCUCACCAGCGUAUUCAUGCCCACAAGUCCCCUUAUUGCUGCCCUGAGUGUGGUGCGCUGAGUCGCUCCGUGGACAUACAGAAGCAUGUGAAGGAGAACUGUCUUCACUAUGCACGCAAGGCUGGCUAUAAGUAAGUCAAUAUUAAAGUAUAUGUUUUUGUUAAGACCUUGAAUGGGACUUAGUGGAUACAUAACACAAAAGUGUUCUUAUAACGUUGUCCACCUUUUUGUAAAUCCUUUUUCUUCUAGGUGUCUUCAUUGUGAUAUGGUUUUCAUGUCAUUUAAUGUGCAGAAGAGUCACAUUGAGGAGAAACACUGUGAGGUCUUCUAUAAGUGCACCAUCUGUCCUGUUGCUUUCAAGUCUUCUGAUGGAUGUCAAAUGCAUUUGACAACUAAGCACAAUGCGAGCAAAGUGUCCCCUCAGUGAGUUUGUGUAACUAAAUGCAUGUUCUGAAAUGGGCAUAUUUGCUAACCCAUCUUGAAGUUUGACAUGAUUGUUUUCAAUGCUAUUUAUGUUCUAAUUGGGUUGUUUUUCUGUUCCAGGUUAAUCUUCAAGUGUUCUUGUGAGACAGUGUUCAAGAAAAAGCAGUUAUUGCUUCAGCACUUCUAUCAGAAUGCCAAAAAGCGUGCUACCUGUAUGUUCAAGUGCCCUGAGUGCACUUCAAUCUUCACCCAAAAGCAGCCGUUAAUGCAGCAUUUCAAGGUAUGGCAUCAUCCUCAUCUUCAACCUAGUCACAUUGACAUAAAAUGGGGCACAUAAUGCUCAGAUUUGAGCUCUGUCUUUUUAAAAGCUGUCUGUCUAUAUUACAGGAGGUGCAUGGAGGAAUCUUCAAAGAGGAGGUGGAGAAAAGAACAAAACCACCAGAGAUGACUGCACAGCACCAAGAUGUUACCUCGGGAUUCCACCAGCCAAAGGUAAACACUCCCAUAAAACACUCCGAUGGAACCAGAAAAGGGGCGAACUUGGCCGCUCGAGACAGCAAGCCCAAUCUGAAGAAUGCUGGCUGGACCUGUGGAGAGUGCCUACACUGGCUGCCUGACCGAGAAGCCUACGUCUCUCACAUGAAGAACAGCCAUGGGAGGGUGAGGAGCAAUUUUGUAAUUCUAUUGCGCAUUCAAAUAAAUUAGCUGUAGCAUUUAUACUAGAGGACAGAUGAUAAUAUAGGGACCACCUCAGAUGUGGGAUUUACAACCUUCAGGCCCUUAAUGAAAUUAAAUAAUUCCCAAGUCAGCUCAACCCUUAAGUCAAUCUGCUCUCUGUGCUUUCUGUAGGCAAUGAAGAGUUAUCCAUGCCGGCAGUGUGAGAGGUCUUUCAAUUCCUCUACAAGUUUGAGAAGACACAUUCGCAAUGACCACGAUGGAAAGAAGAAGACAUUUACCUGCUGGUGAGAGUUUCAUCCUGAAAUCUACAUUACAGGGCCCGGUUUCCCAAAAGCAUCUUAAGGCAAAGUUCAUUGUUGGAACCAUAGGAUCCUAUUGUUCUAAGAUGAACUUAGCCUUAAAAUGCUUUUGGGAAACUGGGCCCAGUACAUUACUUCCUGAACGAUUGGGGCAUAACUGGCACGUAUUGGCCCCUGGGUGGCUCUACAGUAAAUGGACAAACAUGCAAAAACAAAACGGUGGUUACCACAUUUUAUGACUAUUUUUCGUAUGAUAUCUUGUAUUCUUAUUGUGCAGGUAUUGCACAGAUGAGAGGACAACAUUCACCACAAACAUCAUGUUGAAGAACCACGUCAGUUUGAUGCAUGGGAUCAAAAAUCCAGACUUCAGUCUGUUAAAAUCAGCCCCUCUGGAUAGCAGCAAAGCCUUGGGAGAGGUGAUUUUUCUUUUAAAAGUAAUACCAGUAUGUAUAAUCUGUCAUAUCAUUUGUUCAGCAUUUUACACAUUGUCAAAAAAUACACUUUAAAUAUAAUCAUCUUUAACUUUGCUAUGCAGGAGCCUGUUUCAAAGAGACCUGCUGUGGAGUCUGAGGGAGAGGGGCAGGAAGGUGCUGCCCUAGAAGGCUCCCCCGCCAAGCGUCUGAAACAUCAGUUUCGCUGCUCAAAGUGUGGCUUCACCACAGAGGAUGGCACACAGUUCCAGAAGCACAUACCUCAGCAUAAAACUGAUGAAAACACUCCCCAAUGCCUGCACUGUGGAUUAUGUUUUGCAUCACAGCUAUCUCUCAACAGACACCUGUUUAUUGUGCACAAAGUCAAAGAGCCCGAAGAAGAGAAGAAAGAAAGGAUGGACUUGGAGUACCAGAGCAGAAAGAAGAAGCAGGAAGAGGACGUGGGGAAAGCAGUGGGUGUGAAUGAGAGAGAGGACUUGCCACCACCAUUAGUUAAAUCUGACCUCCAACGGGCAGAGGAUCCAACCAGGUUGCACUGUGAGCCUGCAGUAAGACAGACUGUAAAUUCACAUGCAGCUCUCACCUAGAGAUUCAUGGAUAGUGUCUUCAGCAGGCAAAAUAGAAUCAAUGAGGGCAAUUUUGAACUUCAUAAAAGCUGCGAUCUCCAUUUCCUUGGGUAAUAGUAGUUUAACUUCAGAUGCUUGACAUGCUGCACUAAUGUGGUACCUUUAUAUUAUUUUUUGCCUUUAAACUAAAUGCUUUUUAUGUUUCUCAAGCCCUUGGGACUGGCAGAUGUUCCACAACUGAGAAGAUUAAAUUAAUUUUGGGCAAAGAUUAUCAUGAAUUAUUUACUUUUCUUUUACCUUUGAAGCUUGCAUGUUUUGUAUUGUAUUAAAUGUCUAAGAGCCUCUGGUACAUAACCACACCCACCUGUAAAGGCACACAGUUUGGUUCAUCAGUAUUCUCUAGUGACCCCAGUUAUGUCAAGGAUCUGUCCCUCAGGCUUACAUCACAUUUAGUUUCAUAUCAUGAUGACUUUGCUAUAGCCUUUGCUUUAGUUUAUGGCAGCCAUAUCAUAUGCUUGGUUUCAUAUUUCUGGCCUUACAAAAUACAUAAUAAUAGAUGGGCUUCAGGCAGGACUUGGCAAUAGUGAUGUUAUGUAACAGUAUUACAACUUCUAUCAUACUGUAUGUUGAAAUAUUUACUCUGACCUAGGUACCAUUUAGCACAUAAUAUAUAUUUUAUAUCAAUUCCAUACCAAAAAUAGUUUCACAUUCAUUUAUUAUGAAAGCUGGCUAAACUACCCAAAUAGCACUUUUCUACAAGAUCAAAUACAGGUGUUGGAGUUAAAUGCCUAGCUAAAAGAUAUUACACUUUUUUUGACUACUGCUUUUGUAGUUUGAUAAAAGUUAGCUUUCCUUCAUUUAAAAUGCUCAUAUCUAUGUUAAUAGUAGUGGUGACUUGUCUUAGCGAUGUCAUAGAUGUUUUUCUUGGUUAAUUGUAAUCUUUGGUGAGUGUGAGAAAACAUCUGUUUUGCAAGAUAAUGCAGGGAGUUGAAAGUGGCUCAUUGCCAGCAGUGUACUAAGGCAAAUAAAAGAGCAGUGAUUUAAAUGUAAAGGGUUAGAGCAUGUCUGAUUGCAUGUGAACAUUUUGAAAUAAGAUGAAGAUGUAGACCUGUGCAGCUGUUUCUACCUCCAUGGUAUAUGGCAGUGAUCGUUAAACUUUGGGAUGUUUUGGGAGAUUUCACCUUUGUGUUGCAAGCAAUGUAAAAUUAAUUGUUAUUAUUCUCAAAAUGUAUCUCCCACAAUAUAAAAUUUUAUAAAUUACUUUGGAGAUUGAUAUUUAUAGUCACAUUGACUUAUCUUGUGAACUUUCUAUUUAAGUGCUGUAUGAACUGUUCAUUUUCUAGUGGUUAUCUGACAGUCAGUGUUCAUCCUUUAAACAGAUCCACUGUUAAAACUCAGUGUCUGAUAUGAAACUUCACAUCUCAGUGUUUUUAUAUAGCCUGUCAAGCGAAACUUUGUACUUUUGAUAAUAUGUACAAUAUUAAGGACUUUUAAGUUAACCCAUGUACACAGUAGCUAAUGAACCCUUUAUAUUAGCAGCAUUUCUUAAGCCAUCACAUAUCUAUUCAACCUGCAUCGGCCAUAGUGCCUUGCUGUAAUGUUUACUUCAAAUAACUGCAAAUAAACAUGAACAUGUCAGUAUACGCAUCCAUUGUCCUGAAAUAUCCCUUCUCUGAUGACAAUGUGCUGGGGAUAAAAAUACACCAACACCUAUAGCAUUUUGUUGUUUGCCCUCCAAAAUGUUUUGUUUUUUUCUCAGUCCAGUCAAACCAAUAUGACUAGUGUCUCCCCAACCGAUUUAACAAUAUGAUGCGCAAAAUCCAAUCCUAGUCAAGCAAUAAGCAGUAGCCAGCCGUGUUGAUAAUGAAUGACUUCAUCUCAUUUCAAUAGCCGGCGCGUGGUCAUAUAAAUGCUGGUGCUGUGACACGAGAGCACGAAAUGCCCAAGAGCAGAGCAAAGGGUGGUUUUAACCUGGACAAGGAGCCUACCCUAUUCUGUACACAAAUACUGUAGUUUUAUAAAAAGGAUGACGAGAGGCACAUUGACAAGGAUCUGCAAAUCGGGACUUUCUUGCUUUGUUCUAAUCUCAUACAUAGGUAUGACAUCUUCGAUGAGUUUCGAUUUAAAUGAACUUAGAAAUAAAGUUUCAAACAUCAAGGUAAAUCAGAGGGGAAGUCUAUGGGCAACUGGUGAGUUCUUGUCAUUUAGAAAGUACCACUAGUAAUUAUUUCAAAACUGAGGCUAGAGAAAUGUAUUACUUUACAGUUUCAUUUUGAUGUCAUGUUAUAACAUCACCAUAAUAUGUUGGUUUAAUUUAGUGCGUUAACUCUGAAUAAUUCCGUUUGCUAUUUGUGAUUAGUCAUGUAUUGAUAACAUUUUAAAAUGUAUAUUUUGCCCUUAGGUCAUUUCAUGGGCAAGAAAAGUGUGGAUAGCACGUUUUUGGAGUCUUCCUUCGGAAAUGGAAAGAUCCCUUUUGGAGUUCAGUCUGUCAACCCCGAGCGCAACGCAGAGAGUUUGACAGAGCUGCUAAUUGAAGACGUGCUGAAAAGGGCUCUACAGACUCCGCAGAAACAGGGCUUGAGAUCG